AUGAUCUUCUUUCCGAGGACAACAUCCCUGGUGCAGUGGUGGUGUAUUUUUAUACUCUACACACAACGCACCGAUUGUGCAUCGUUCUUCUCAAAUGCCGAACCAAUGGCAGCGAGUCUAUUAUCGCUGUGCGGAGAGAGCGGCGAAUCCAGUGAGCAGUAUGUCAGCGAUAAGGGUCCCGCUUCUAGUAUGUUACUUGCCUUACGCCCGGAGCAUGGCAAGGCGUCACCGUCAUCGGCUACUUCCUGCAAACGCCAAUUCCGGGCACCCGAUGCGUACAACUUCUUCGUUCGAUUGCAGCGCGUUUCAGGCAUGGGCCCUCGCAGUUCGGCAGGCAGAAAGUACAACGGCAACAAGUCUAGCAACAGCACCCAUAGCUGCCCCCUAACGAUUUCCCAAUCGGCAAACGGUGAGGUGUUGCCCUCGUGGCGCCUGGAUCCAUGCCUGCUGGAAACGACCGGCACGCAGGAAGAACCGAUGCGUCUGCUGCAGGGCAAGCUGAACAUUGUCUGGAGCCACGAUGGAAAUGCGCCCAACUAUCGACUGCAGAUCACGGUGGUCGGGCAGGGUGCGGUUUGUGUGGAGCGAGAUAAGCAUUCCUGUCUGGAGUAUGUCGGUACGCCGCUGCUUUGCAUUGCCCGGGAACUGGUGUGCGACGGAUUGCCAAACUGUCCGCCGAUCGGUAGUGAAGUUAGCGACGAAAACGAGGCUAUGUGCAUAAAGCACCGACAGCAGGAGUAUUCGGAAAAUCCCGUUCAUUCCGUAUUUCGUCAUUACAUCCAAAAUACGAUCAAGUCAUUCUUUGGCGGCGAGCCAAAAGAGCUACCUUCGAAACCGUCCUACGGUGAGAUAGACAUUGCGCUGGAGCAGAAGUUUGGUGCCAUGUACCCGCCAGCACCGCCGGUGUCACCGUUCCCAUCGGCCACGCCCGAACCGACCGUACCACCGAAAAAGCAACGCAGCAGCCUAACCGGACUCUCCAAAUAUGGCCCGUGGGGUUACCUGUUCCUGGGAAUGCUCAUCUGCGGUGGUGCGUUGCUAAUUUGCGGUCUCUGGGAAUGCUGUUGCCGAUCUCACAAACCGGAGCACAGUGCGGACGAUUCCCUACCCGAUCAAGUGCCCUCCUUUCUGCAAACAUCGUCCCCAGCCGACGGUGGUGGUACCGGACGACCCGGUUUGACCACCGGUGACAGUCCCUCCAGCCACAAUCUACCUCACUAUGGCGAGCUUGAUCCACCGCCCGCUUACUCGGUGCUGUUUCCCACUCAGAAGCCGGCCGAUGGCAAUGAGUUACCGGCGACUGCCGAGACCGCACAGAACAAUAGUCCUAGUAGCAUUAGCGAUACCAAUAACAGCUCUGUGGGUGACGAUGGGCAUUCGGGGAUGGCAGAUGAAGAAGGCGUAGUAGUUGCAUCCGAAGCACUACCGGAUCCGGAUUCCUCUUCCUCCACCCUUCCUUAG